CCUGGCCCCUGGCAAGGUGGUUUACGCGGUCGUGAGCGCGGGACUCGGAUCUGGAGGGUGGCUGGGUCUUGCCUGAGAUGGACAGCCGGAUUCCUUAUGAUGACUACCCAGUGGUUUUCCUGCCUGCCUAUGAGAAUCCCCCAGCAUGGAUUCCUCCUCAUGAGAGGGUAUACCACCCAGACUACAACAAUGAGUUGACCCAGUUUCUGCCCCGAAUUGUCACACUGAAGAAGCCUCCUGGAGCUCAGCUAGGAUUUAACAUCCGAGGAGGAAAGGCCUCUCAGCUAGGCAUCUUCAUCUCCAAGGUGAUUCCAGACUCUGAUGCACAUCGAGCAGGACUUCAGGAAGGGGACCAAGUUCUAGCUGUGAAUGAUGUGGAUUUCCAAGAUAUUGAGCACAGCAAGGCUGUUGAGAUCCUGAAGACAGCCCGUGAAAUCAGUAUGCGUGUCCGCUUCUUUCCCUACAAUUAUCAUCGCCAAAAAGAGAGGACUGUGCACUAGAGAGUUGCAGCCCACAACCCUUCAUGUGGACUUUGCCAGGACAAGCUGGCUAGGCUUCAGGGAAGCUGCUUUACGCUCAGCCCCUCCCUGGCAUAGCAGAAUGGGGAGGAUAAGGAUACAGCUAGCCAAGUGCAUUACCCAAACUGUACUGUACUUUUAGUUCCCUAGUUUUCUAGGUGAGCUUCAUUCCCUGAAAGGAGAAGGAUGAUGAUGUCUAAGUAUAACCUGGGGAACCCAGUUAGAAAAGGCAACUGACAUAUAUUGAAUACCAUGUGCUAGUCCGUUACACAUCAUAUCAUUUUAGUUGUAGAAAUUAGUAGAAAAAAAGAAUCUUAGGGAUCUUCUAUCCGGUUCGCCUGGCCAUCUCAUCCCAUCUUUGUACUACCAGAGGUUUCAUACACUUUGAAGACUUCACUAAGACCCUAUUUUUGCACCUUCCUUCUCAUAUCCUCUCCCCAGAAAAGUAAAACACAAUGCUAAAGAAA